GAAAUUGUUUGACAAAGUUGUGAUAACGGUUGUGUCUCAAAAGCCAAAUUUUGAGAAAAUUGAAGAUGAAAUUGCACAAUACAUAGGCUUUGAUAUGAAGAAUGAACAAGGAAGAAGAUCCGAGCAAGAAUUAUGGUUAAGGCUGAAGAAUGAACUGAGGAUUCUUAUCAUCCUUGAUGAUAUUUGGGAAUCCAUCAACUUAAAGGAGAAGAUUGGAAUUCCAAUUGGGGAUGAUCAUAAAGGCUGCAAAGUUCUUUUAACAACACGCCGUCAACAAGUAUGUCAAGCUAUGGAUUGUCAAAACCUGGUACAACUUGGCUGUUUGAAUGAUGAUGAAGCUAGGACUCUGUUUGAAAAGAAAGCAGGUCUAGAUGACUUUUCUGAUGAUUCUAUUAAAAUCCGAGCAAAUCAAAUUGGCAAAAAAUGCGGGGGUUUGCCUAUAGCUAUAGUUCCACUGGGAAGUGCCUUGAAAGGUAAAACCCAUUAUGAGUGGCAAGCUGCAUACCGGAGACUCAAAGAUCGUAGAUUGACUGAAAUUGAGGAUGUUAAUGAAGAAAAUGCCUAUGUAUGUCUUGAGGCGAGCUUCGACUACUUGAAGAAUAUGGAGACAAAGACAUGUUUCUUGUUGUGCUCUUUAUUUCCUGAAGAUGAUAAGAUUUAUGUUGAGAAUCGAUGAGUCUGUAGAUGCAUGCAAGCAACUACUUGAAGAUGUAGAAUCUCUUGAAUUGGGUUAUGUGGAGGGUCACCCAAACCUUAUUCCGAGCUUGGACUUGGGAUUUAGAAAGUUGACUUCUCUAGAUCUUCGAGGGUGCCAGUCUAUGCAAUGCUUAAUUGAUGCAUCAAAGCAGCAAGUGCCAAUCACUGCACUCUCUAAUUUGAGAAAGUUAUCAUUAAGUCGUAUGUUUCAUUUGGAAGAGAUGUGCAAUGCUCCCCAGCCGCAAGGUUUUUUACAAAAGCUUGAAGAGGUUAUAGUUUCAGAUUGUGAUAAGAUGCAAGUGUUUUUCCCGAUUGCUGAAUUGAGGAGCAUAGAACAAGAAGUGCCCAGUCGUCAUUUAAGCCUCCAAAGUCUGAAGAUUGUUGAAA